AUGACUGGUGGCCUCCAUGGAUGUAGCCCUCACUCCUCGGGUCUCUUCUCGCAACCCACCGGUCAUCCGCCAACUCAUCGGCAGAACAUGCACGGCAAUUCACCUUCCUCCAGUUCCACUGACGUUGUGCCUGGCGCCGCCGUCUGUAUUAAUCCGCACAAUGGUUUCGCCCUUCAAGUUCCCGUUCCGCCCACGGGUGCCCCUCUCGGAGGCGGUCACGCUGGUUUCCCCUACUAA